ACGAGUUCAUAACAUCCCGAUCUCAAAAGAAAAAUCUACACCACGUCAUAAUUGUUCGACUUUAAAACGUCCAAAAGCGAUUUCUCACGUCUUACGAAAAUGUCCGAGCCACCUUACGACCCCUACAUCCCCUCUGGCUCGAAUGGUGGUGCCGGUGCUGGUGCCGGUGCCGCGGGCACCACGCAGCAUGGUGGUGACCCGAAGACGCAGCAGGUCUCUAGGGAAAUCGAUGACACGAUCCGUGCGAUGCGUUCGAACAUCGUCGGUGUUUCGGAACGUGGUGAGCGUCUAGACUCUCUUCAGGACAAGACGGACAACCUGGCGGUAUCAGCGCAGGGCUUCCGCAGAGGUGCCAACCGCGUGCGCAAACAGAUGUGGUGGAAGGACAUGAAGAUGCGUGUAUGCUUGGUCAUUUGCAUCAUUGUUCUGCUCGUCGUGAUUAUCGUCCCUUCCGUUAUCGCAACUAAACAUUAAAUACCGUGUUCUGCCUUUAAUGGAGUGGAUGUCAUCUACGAUAAGGUCUCGGUAAUCCGAAGCCGUGGAGCCUUUUUCCUUUGUUCUUUUUCUUUUGUCAGC